GUUUUGGAUGUUACACUACUAAAACCUACAGUACAAUUUGUUCUCUUGCUACUUUAAAGAUUGAAUUGAAAUAGCAUUGCUUGUCUUUACUGUUUCCUUGAAUGUCAAACAUACUAAUAAAAAUCUUUCUUUUUUUAAUGAAACCUGCACACUAAGUGUUUGUUAAAAUUCCUCUAAGGAAUUCAGCCUUGCGUAUGUAUUUGUAACACAGGUUUUGGUUUUCACAGUGCUUAAGACUUGUACAACAUGGCUCAAUUGAAUGUGCCAGUGCUACAGUUCAACAAUUCUUCUGUCUUCAGAGUCCCUCCAACGACACUGUUUAUUUGCUUUCAGGCACAAAGUAGAAGUAAUUCCUCAUGGUUAACUAAGAAGCUAUUAGUGGUUGAAGCAAGAGCAAAUGCUAGAACAGAAAGUCCAAAAAUUCGAAACAGAAGGAUUCAGAAAAAGUUCAAUGGAACUGCUAGAAAUCCAAGGCUUUCAGUAUUUUGCUCAGAUAAGCAAUUGUAUGCAAUGCUUGUAGAUGACAAGAAUAAGAAGUGUUUGUUCUAUGCAAGCACACUGCAGAAAUCGAUCCGAAAUCCCCCAUGCAGCACUUCUGAAGCUGCUAAACGUGUUGGGGAGGCACUUGUCAAAGCCUGUACAGACCUCAACAUAAAUGAAAUAUCGUCCUAUGAUUGCAAUGGACUUUACCGUGGACAAAGGUUAGAAGCCUUUGAGAUUGCCAUUUCCAGUUAUGGAUUCUUGCCGGGAUAGGUCUGCGUCUGAAAGCUUGAGCUCUUUUGUCAAAUAUACAAUCCACUGGAGUCAAUGCUUUUCUAUGUAGACAUUAUAACUUUUUCAUAUACAAUGCAUAUCUAUCUCCUUUCUAUUAAGGGCAAGCUAACUACUUUCCAAGAAUCUGUUAUAAUUGACUAACAGAUAUAAUAGCCUUUUUCAUUACUUGUUGCAGCACUCUUGCUAUUUUCUCCAAUAAUCUUAGGUUCCCAAGCUGAUAAUUUUACCCAUACAAUUUAUUUAGA